CUCGGCAGUAAUCUUAAAAAUACAUCCGAGAUAUCUUCCGUGUCUUCCGUCGUCAAGAAGCACGAUCUCGAAGACGAUUUCGUGAUGCCUAAUCGCUGCCAUUCGAAGAACGACAAAAUGACAGACAUUUUAAAGACGUGGUCGGGAAUCUCUUCCAAGAUAAAUAAGUAUGGUUUUAUGAGAGAAUUGACGAAUAUUCGACCCAAUUCCUCGAAAAAAAGCGAAACUGAAACUCUGAAGAGGAAAGGUCAAAUAUUCUAUAGUCCCUCGGAAAGCGAGGGAAAAUAUAAAUCGAAAAAUAAUAUGCCGCUGAUCUGCUCGAGUCCUUUGGAGGAUGUUAACGACAAAGAUAUGGACUAUGACGAGGAUCCUCUUGACAAUAUCUUGACGAAUUCUCGUGAUUCGAGUAAUGCUAGCAAUAAUAGUUACAAGAAUUUACAAGUCGAUUUGUACGAUUUCGAGAACGAAGAUUGCAAAUUUGAAUUAUCCUCAACUUUAUCGCAAUCGUUGAGUUCUUCCUCGAGAUCGUUGUGUGACGACACGUCGAGCAGUCAUGCCAAUGACAAUUUGCUGUUAGAGUCAUCCUUCCAAGACAUUACCGUUGUACCUUCCAAAGAUGUUUUAAACGAUCACAAGAAUCCUCAGGCUGUGGAACAGAUAUUAAAACCCUGCUCCGACUUCAAUCGAGAAUCGCCGCGAGUGAUCGGCGUUUCGCUGAAGCGGCCGAUCGAGAUCGACAAUGAUACCUCCGUGACAUGGAUACCGGUGCUGGACGAGAAGUUGCCGCAAAAGAAGUCAUUGAAGAAGAUACUGUCAGUGUUUAAUCGAGCUAAGCUAUCGUUAAAUCACAGGAAGAUCGGCAAGAAAUCGAAGGAGAAGCAAUCGAAGAAACAACAUAUUUUUGACUCGGGAUUUAUCGAACAAUGUCCGUCUGUGUCAUCUUCCUCUUCCCAACAAUCCUGGCACUCUGAUGCCAGUCACGUCGACGACGAGCCAUCGACGCAACCGACUUUCGGAACAUUUGGCCGUCCGAAAUGCGUCAGUGAGCAUUGCACUGAGAGG